CCACGCCCAUUAUUAGGAAUGUCAUUAGAAGCCAAGCUUUUAUAGAGGCUAUUAUAAUUUAUAGCUAGCUAUUCCUAGAUCCUAGAUCCUUGACUCACUUGCACCGCUCUAGGAUUAGUCAGUUACUAUAAUGGCGCUUGCCUGUUUCCUCGACGAGGACCAGAAGGCCCAGCUGCGUGUGAGUAAGGCCAUUGAUACAGAGUUUAAAACUUGGAAGAAAGAAGCUGGCAGAGAGUUCAAGCUUCUGUUACUAGGCACGGGUGAGGCUGGCAAAAGCACGUUCAUCAAACAGAUGCGUAUCAUCCACGGUCAAGGUUACUCAGAUGCUGACAGGGCAGAAUUCCGGCCACUCAUAUACAAAAACAUACUAUCUGGUAGUCAAAUACUCAUAGCGGCCAUGAGCAAGCUCAAGAUCGACUACACUGACCCGGCUAAUAAGGCACAUGCAGAAUCUCUAAAGGACAUCUCUGAGAAGACGACCACUAUAUCCACGGACAACUACACGGCCAUUCAGAGCUUAUGGGCUGACAGAGGAGUCAAGGCGUGCUUCGCCAGGAGAAGAGAAUUUCAGAUCUCAGACUCAGCCAAAUACUAUUUCGAGGCACUGGAGCGUAUUAAACUGGCCGACUAUAUUCCCUCCAUUGACGAUGUGUUGAGGGUUCGUGUACCCACCACCGGGAUCAUUGAGUACACCUUCCAGAUGAGGAAGGACGUCGUGUUCAGAAUGCUGGAUGUCGGAGGUCAAAGGUCAGAGCGUCGCAAAUGGAUCCACUGUUUUGACGAUGUGAAGGCCAUCAUCUUCCUCACUGCUAUCAACGAAUACGAUCAGGUAUUGGUGGAGGACGAUACUCAGAACAGACUACGGGAAAGCCUCGCUUUGUUCGAGUGUUUAUUUGGUUAUCCUUAUUUCAAGAAAUCUUCGAUGAUCCUGUUCCUCAACAAAACGGAUUUGUUUGAAGAGAAGAUCGCCACGUCCCACCUCGCUGACUACUUCCCUUAUAACGGUCCUAAGGGCAAUGGCGGUCCAGCCAAAGAGUACAUUAAAGACUUGUUCAACAACCUCAACCCCAACCCAGAGAACCAGAGAGUCUUUGCUCACUUCACAGAGGCCACGGACACUAAAAACAUUGAGCGUGUCUUCACGGCUGUACGGGAGCACGUACUAGAAGAAAAUCUGAAAGAUUACAACUUGAUGUGAUUAGAGAUUUUGUCUUUUCUUUGUGUCUGUGUGUGUAUACAUGUGUACGCUAUAUCUCAUCUAUUUUGUAGUAAUUUAUCUCGAUUUUUUUAUGUACUAGCUGUAACUGGAUCACAUUUAAGUUAUUAUUUUCCCCCCCCCCGAUAAUUAUAUAGUUUUUGUCAUGCACCUGACCCUCUGUUAUUAUUAAAUAGUUCGCAGCUAGUCUGUACUUAGUUCCAAUUCCAUAUCAUGCAAUUUCACAUUCCAGAAAACUUGUUAAAUUUAAUUACGUUUCAACAAUUAA